AUGGCCCAUUCCUCCGCAGACACGCCUCGAACUCCCCUCGAAGAGGGCGCACCUCUUCUGUCCCGGAUCAAUUCAGAAGAGGAGGCAGCCGUCAGCGAAUCGCCGAAAGAAAAGAAGCCAUGGAUCAUCCUCUGUGUGCUACUCUUUCUCCUCGUCUCUAUCGUCGAUGUUGGAGCCUUCUUGGCCGAAGCACCCAGAACCCGCGUAUAUGAGGCGAAUCUAUGCCUUCGUUACUAUGAAGAACACGAUCCGACCAAGAUUGGACCCGGUGGGACUAUACCGGAGGAGCUUUGUAAACAAGACACCAUCCAACAGAAGAUGGCCAUGAUCUUCGGUUGGCAGGAUCUCUUUGACGCGAUACCGGGCAUUUUACUAGCAGUCCCCUUUGGUACGUUGGCAGAUAAGCGGGGAAGGAAGUGGGUAUUCAUUGCCAGUUUGAUGGGUUUAGAACUCAGCAUGGCGUGGACUCUAUUCAUUUGUUAUUUUCGUAGCCUCCCUCUUGAGCUUACGUGGAUCUCAUCGGCCUUCUUGGUCAUAGGAGGAGGUCCUAUCGUUGCCAGUGCCAUCGGCCUUACAAUGAUGUCCGAUAUCGUUCCUCCAGAGAGGCGCACUGGUGUCUUUCUGUAUUUCACCGCCGGCGUCCUAGUUGCUGAACUCAUAGCCCCUAUCCUGUCAGCGCGUCUGAUGGAUUAUGGGGAGUGGCUUCCGCUUAUUCUUGCUCUCGUCAUCCAACAGAUGGGCAUCUUUGUGGCUUUGGCAUGUCCGGAAACCUUGCAUUUGCGCGACCUACCCGAACCACAUGAUCCGGAGUUCGACCAAACCAUAGAGUUGCAACCCGUAAAAGAGCCCAGCGCCUUUGCGAUCAAAACACAACUACGGAACUUCAAAGAUGCUUUUGUAUUUCUGUGUCGCGACACCACCAUGGCUCUCGUCAUAUUCGCCUUUCUGGUUAGUCGACUGGGGAGGCAGGCAAUGAGUAUGCUCAUCCGGUAUGCAUCAAAGCGAUACAACUGGAAGAUUAAGAAGGCUGCCUAUCUGCUGUCCUUUCGUGCCGCGACGAACCUUGUUGCUCUCACCGUCUUUGUACCUGGGGUCAAUAUGUUUCUUUUGAGAGUCAUUCGGCUGCCCGCGCAUUGGGCUGAUUUGUGGCUAGCCCGUAGCAGCAUCAUCCUCAGUACGCUUUCUUUUGUUAUUAUGGGCAUCGCCGCCCAUCCGGCUCUCCUCGUUUUGGGCCUUCUGGUUUUCAAUCUCGGCACCGGAUACAAUGCGGCCCUGCGAAGUGUUUCCAUCCAUGUGGUUGGAGGUCAGUCGAGUCCCGAUAUUGGCAGACUAUUUGCUGUUAUUGCAAUCGUGGAAAGCAUCGGUGUCAUGAUUGCUGGGCCAGCUCUGGCUGCCAUAUUUGAAUGGGGUAUUGAACUGGGAGAACCUUGGAUCGGGAUACCAUUCCUUGCCACGGCCGCCGUACACGGAGCAGUAACCUUUGUCACAUUCAUCAUCUCCGUCAAAGACAGGCCAAUGUCGGCCCCAGGGUAUGUACAGGUCGAUAAUGAAGAUUCGGAGCCAGAGGAUGGCACUGUGGGCAGACGACAUCAAGACUGA